ACUGUGCAGCCUGACACACACAGUUAUUUCACUUACAGACCAUGGGCUGCUGAAGAUGGAGGGUUAUAAAAGUUUUUUGUUUUUCCUUGUGUGUUCUUUGUUGCUCGGAUUUGUGGCUGUAAUCUUUUCUCUGGUCUGGGUUUUGCACUACAGAGAGGGUCUUGGCUGGGAUGGCGGAGCUGCAGAAUUCAAUUGGCAUCCUGUUUUAAUAACUACAGGGUUCAUCUUUAUCCAAGGCAUUGCUAUUAUAGUGUACAGGUUACCAUGGACCUGGAAAUGCAGCAAGCUGCUAAUGAAAUGCAUACAUGCUGGUCUACACCUUACUGCCUUGGUGCUGGCUAUAGUAGCACUAGUGGCUGUGUUUGAUUUCCACAAUGCCAAGAACAUCCCUAACAUGUACAGUCUACACAGCUGGGUUGGUCUGACUGUUGUAAUCUUAUUUUCUUUACAGCUUGUUUUGGGAAUCUUGGUCUUCUUACUUCCGUUUGCCUCUGCAAAUCUUAGAGCAGCACUGAUGCCAAUUCACGCAUACUCUGGGCUGCUCAUCUUUGGGACUGUGAUAGCAACAGCUCUUAUGGGAAUAACUGAGAAACUUAUUUUUGCAUUGAAAGAUCCAGCAUACAGCAAGCUUCCACCAGAGGCGAUCUUUGUGAACACUCUGGGAGUGCUUAUAUUUGUAUUUGGCGCUUUGGUGAUUUGGAUGACGACUCAGCCAGCUUGGAAGCGCCCCCCAGAACAAAAUUUAAAAACUCUGCGCCCUGAGGGAGGCACCCCAGAGGGCACAGAGGAUGGCUCCACAGACUACAGCAAUACUGAGAAGUCUGAUGUGGAACUAAACAGUGAAGCAGCAAGGAAAAGAAACCUGAAACUGGACGAUGCAGGUCAAAGGGCAACUAUGUAAAAACUGCAGAAUUUACAAAACCAUGGAAAUGAAUCAAUGACUCAUGGUUAAGUGUCACUACUUUCAAUUUGUCUCUCCACAUUUCUCCAAGAGGUUUCAUUCGCUUUAAAUUGGUACAGUGAUGUGGUUUCAAAAAGUCAUCAUGAGGGACUAGAGCAGAAAUCUUCAGUACAUUCACAACUUCAUAUUGCCAAGUCUAAUAAUAAACAAAAUGUCAUAUUGUACAACGCUUCCAAAAGAUAUUUUCUCUAGAGAAAAACUAUUAUUUUAAAAUUACUGUAAGUGUAUUCUCCUAUAGUGUCUGGUUUUAAUUCACAACAAAAUUGGACAUUUUAUUUUCUAUAUACCAUAUUUCCAUAAGUGCAUUGAACAUCUUGUUCACAAAAUAAAUACAUUACAGAGAAAUGUUAUUGUUGAUAUUACAUCAAUAUGGCUAUAUCCACUCUCUUCCUUUUCCCGGUUUUUAUAAUGCAUUUUACGGGACUUUAAACUCAACAUUUAAUAUCUCAGUAUAAAGUUUACAGUAAUUAAGGAAAAUAAAACUAAAUUGUAAAAGAUAUUCAUUAUAUAUUUUGCCUGAUUUUUGUUAGUAUUGACUGCAUUGUUUUGCAAAAAAGGGUCGGCAUCUAAACUUACAUUCUUGCUUUUCAAAUAAAGAUACCAAAAGAAUGAAGAACAUUUGAUAAUCUAAUGAAUCUAAUAAGGGAAGGGCAUGUAGCAGGGUUAGCAUUGAGAAAUCUGCAAUGUGUAUUUGCAGUUCUGAGAAUUAGAAAAUCAAUUUUCAUAACUAAAUUAAAUUUGGCAAAAUAAAAUAAAUAAAGUAUAUUGCAAAGUUGUUA